AUGGACUUCGAUAAGAUCCUCGACAAGCACUUUGAGAAGAUUGCGAUGCUGAAGCUUCACUAUCGGAUCUGCCUGAACAAGGGGAAGCAUCAGGAGCAGUGCAAUGAGCUGGCGAAGGUGACGGCGGAGGUGCAGGAGCUGAUGGCCAGGGCCAAGGAGUAUCUCAAGGCCUGGCCGGCUCUGAAGCGCCAAAUGGAGGAAGACGCCGAGCGCGCGCAUCGCCAGAAGAUGUUCAUGUUGCGCCUCAUGGAAGUGAUGGAAACCAUGAACCAGAGCGUCCAGCCCACGACCCUGUCCACCACCCCGCAGUCAGCGCUGCGCGUGAGGGAGCUCAGCACGCCCGGAUCGGUGUUCAAGAUGCAUCGCCUCCAGAGCGCUCCGCGAACGCCCAGCUCGGUUCUGCGCCACACCCAAUCGCCCUUCGGCUGCCGGGCAGCGGCCAAGAGUCAGGACUUCAACUUCACCAUCACGCAGAGCCUUUUCGAGCAGAUUCCGCGGUACAUGCGCGGCCGCGACACGCUGAAUGACUUGCAGGACUUCCUGGAGUCCGUGAUCCACAAGUGCUUCAUGGAGAAGUACAAGAUGCUGUGCCGUGAGAGGAACACCAUCGCGCUGAGGGAUCGCCAUCUCUAUGAUCUGUUCCUGGAGCAGGAGAAGGAGUUUCCCACCCGAACGUUCAUCACGCAGGGCGACAUCACGCGCAUCAUUGGCAAGAUGAUCGACAAGCGCACCAGCACGCGCCUUCAGAUGCUGCGCCACAUCAAGAUUCUGCAGGAAGUGCGCAAGAAGUCCACGAUUUACUACAUGCUUCUGCAGAAUGAUGAAUAA